AUGGCCGCCCGCAACCCCUACCAUGGAAUCGACGAUUUGAACUCGGAAUUUGGCGACGACAUUGCCGAAAGUUCGUCGAAAACGAAGCGAAAAGGCGAUUUUUGGGAAAAAGAGCAUCCGGGCGAAGAGCCAAAGAAGAAAAGAGGCGAGGAAGGGCUGGAUUCGAGGAGGAGCACGGCAGAAUGCACCGACGGAUGGCGAAGAUGA